CCCACCGUACCCAACAUGGCAGCUCCUAUCUGGCGGAUCGCCGACGCCCACUUCCGGGUUCCGUACCGCUGGCCAGGCUACUUCCGGCAGCGCGAUGGCUGGGUUCCCGGGACUCGAACGGAAGUUCCGGCGGGGGCGGCCGAGGGGGAAGAGUGUGUGUCUGUGCAGGAGAAAGAGGAGAAUCGCCCGAGAGGUCUCGAAACCCCCAGGGAGUGGAGGCCCCAGCCGUGGAGCCUGCAGUGUAUGUGUGGUAACACCAUGUCUGUGCCCCUGCUCACCGAUGCUGCCACUGUGUCUGGAGCUGAGCGGGAAACGGCCGCGGUUAUUUUUUUACAUGGACUUGGAGACACAGGGCACAGCUGGGCUGACGCCCUCUCCACCAUCCGGCUCCCUCACGUCAAGUACAUCUGUCCCCAUGCACCCCGGAUUCCUGUGACCCUCAACAUGAAGAUGGUGAUGCCCUCCUGGUUUGACCUGAUGGGGCUGAGUCCAGAUGCCCCCGAGGACGAGGCUGGCAUCAAGAAGGCAGCAGAGAACAUCAAGGCCUUGAUUGAGCACGAGAUGAAGAAUGGGAUCCCUGCUAAUCGAAUCGUCCUGGGAGGCUUUUCACAGGGUGGGGCCCUGUCCCUCUACACGGCCCUUACCUGUCCCCACCCUCUGGCUGGCAUUGUCGCAUUGAGUUGUUGGCUGCCUCUGCACCGGGCCUUCCCCCAGGUCCUGUCUGGCCCACAGGCAGCCAAUGGCAGUGCCAAGGACCUGGCCAUCCUUCAGUGUCAUGGGGAGCUGGACCCCAUGGUUCCAGUACGGUUUGGGGCCCUGACGGCUGAGAAGCUCCGGUCUGUUGUCACACCUGCCAGGGUCCAGUUCAAGACUUACCCAGGUGUCAUGCACAGCUCUUGUCCUCAGGAGAUGGCAGCUGUGAAGGAGUUUCUUGAGAAGCUGCUGCCUCCUGUCUAACCAGAGGCGCUGGCCCCCAGCGCAGUCCCCCAGCUCCUGGGGGACCCAGCACGCGCGGCACCAUCUUGGAUCUGAGCCGGUCGAGCCCGUCCCCACCAUCCCUGACCUGUCCUCUUUCCAUAGGCCUCUGGGGCAGGUGGGCUGAGGCCCGGCCAGGCCUUCCUUCCUGGCCUCAGCCUCCUGGCUCUCUGCAGCAGGGGGUGGGCUGCCCUCUUCUCCCGUGUCCCUGGAGGCAGGCCCCCCGCUGGCAGCAGUAUUGGGUAGGGCUGUAGGCAGCGGGAGAAAGGGGCCCAGCCGCUGACCCACUCACUCAGGACCUCACUCACUAGCCCCGCUUUGGGCCCCCUCCUGUGACCUCAGGGUUUGGCCCAUGGGGCCCUCCCAGGCCCCACCUACCACUCCACCCCCAAGUGAUUCUGCCCAGAUAAUCGUGCGUCUCCUCCUCCUCUCCAGCUGCUUCUCAAUCAUGAAUGUGUCCGUGGCCCUGGGCCCCUGUGCUGCUGUGGGCUACCUGCCCCUGCGCAGGGGUAUUGGUGAGGGGGCAGAGUCCUUUGAAGGGGGUCUUCCCUUAGCCUCCCCGAUGUGGAGGCUGGGCCCUGCCCCCCCCUUACCCUGCUCCCCCGCAGGCCUGGAGCCUGCAGGGCUGGACUGAGGCUCAAGGUCUCCCCAAGCUGUCCCACCCCACGUUGUCCCCACUCUAGCGCCGGGGGGCGGUGGGGGAGGAGUUGUGUCUCGUCUUCUGUCUCCAUGUGGUUUUGGGUGUUUUUCUUGUUGUGUCCUGGAUUCCAAUAAAAUUAAAUUGCUUCAACUCUCA